AUGAUGGUUAUCAACAAAGCAUUGCUAGCGGCGGUAGUAUUGGCAACCAUAAUUAUCAUCACGGCACGCCCUUCGGUCCAGGAAACAGUUUCCAUUGCCAAUCUCUUGAGCAACAAAAUACUGAUUGUGCAUUGUCGAUCCGGAGACGGCGACGACCUCGGAGGCCAUGCGGUAGCCGCUGGGGGUACCCUCCGUUGGAGUUUCGAGCCGAGCGUCGUUGGCAGGAAACUUUUCCGGUGCAAGCUCGCGGUGGAAGACAGGCGUAUUUCGUUCGUGGCGUACGAGCAGUACGAAGAAGCCUUCAGCGGUAACUGGAUUGUUCGUGAUGAUGGGGUUUAUGGUAACCCCAACCGCCUCCCGACCUUUCUGAUGGCUGCAUGGAAGCAACCAUCAACAGCAUAG